GGGUCCCAGGGGCACUAGCCCACCGAGCGCCGCCAUCUUGAGGGCCGGCCUCCCCACCCCUGCCCUUCCCUGCCGCGGCAGCGAGCGAGAGCGACUGACUGGCUCCCUCCACGCUCCCGGCUCAGCAGCGGCGAUGCGCGCCCCGCUCCUGCUCCCGCGGCUGGGGCUAGCGCCUGGCUGCCCACGACGCAGGGCGGGCACUUAGACUCGGGCGCCUCCUCUGUGGGGCCGGGCCCUGCCGCGCGUGGGAGCUGCCGAGGGACCCAGGGCGGCAGCGCUGCGCCUCGCCUCCCGCUCCAUGGGGCUGAGCUGGAGACCGGCCCCAGCCUGCGGCGGCCAAGUCCUGCGCCAGGCAGAGGCGGCGAAGGACACCUCGGAGAGCAGAGAAGGCCUGGGGGAGCGGCCGGUGGCCGGGCACUGAGGGGGCCCCAGCACUCAGGGGCUCCGGAGCCGGCAUGUGCGCUCCCGCGUUGGGGCUGUGACCGUCGCGGGGAGAUCUCCUGAAAUCUGUAUGUUAUUGGGGGCGGUACGGCGUGUGUGCCGGGGGGAUGUCAGCCGGUCCCUGCUCCAGGCUGUGCCUUACGUAAGGCUGCGCUGGACACGGUGUGGGUGUUUCUUCUCUCACUGCUGGUUUGCAGCGAGAUCUUCUGUGCAGAUGCCCGGGCUGUCUCCUCCUCGGAGGCGCUCAGCCUGCCCACGGGAAGGGGAAUUUUUACUUAUUUUUAGCUGCCUGCCGUUUGCAAUACCCUAACGACUGUGACUGCAGUAGGCGCUUAGCACGGGUGUGUGUGAGUGUGAGAGAGAGAGAGGUGUGUGUAUAAAUUUACCCUUUAAUACUCACUUCAAGCUAUCCAACAACACAUCUUAUUUACUGGUAAACAUGAUCUCAUUCCAAAACUAUAGUGUUGGUUACACCGUGUUUUCAGUGUGAUUGUAAACACCUCUGGUACAGUUUGCCACUGACUGAAAAAAUCUGUGUUUCAUCAGUCUUAGCAUUGACUUGUUUGUGUUUUUUUUUUUUUUUUUGCACCAGUUAUUUUCGUACUUGUCAAACUAGACAAAGUGAAGCAUUUGCUGUGUAUAUCUGUUAUAAUAUAUUCAAGUAGAUUUAGUUUAAACACACCACCAAACUAAACCAUCAGGAAACCCACCUAGCCUUCCUUUUCAUCUUCCAGCUUUUCCCUCAAGUCUUCUGUUAUGCAGCACAUUGCAAUUAGUUUUGUACUUGUCAGACACAGACAUUUCCCAAUCAUGAAUGUGGUUACUCAUGCACAGAAGGAGCAUAGUAGGCACUCAUAGAAAAUAAAUAUGAAGUACUAAUCAUAGGGCUUUACUUUUCACUGUAUGUUUAAAAGAAUUUAAUAAGAGUGAGUGAUUAGGUCUCAGCUGAUUUUACAGAUGGGGAAAACUGAGGCACUGAGGGGUUUUCUGUUUGUUUUAAAGAGAUGUUGAAUCUAAAAAUCACACUUCAGUGUGUAAAAUAUUUUACUGACUGUGUGGCAUCAAAGAUCACAUCUACAAAUAAAACAUAAAAUUACUAUAACUAAAAGAGUAGGGGAAAUAUUUUUCUUUUUCAGUUUGUUUACUUUGUGCAAUUGGCAACACUUCUCAUAUUGUUAGGGCUUUUCUACGCACCGAAUUUACACCCAUUUAACUUACUUAGUUGGAAGCCACACCUUUUAGUUAUAUCAGUGCCACUUUGUAUGUAGACCAGGGCCUUCAUUUCACUGCUUCUUUUGUGUAGUCAGUUUUCUUUGUUGUUGUUGUUUCUGUGGAAUCUAGGCACUUUCACACAGCAAAAGUGUGGGGAAAAAAUAGGAAAUAUUUUAAAACCCUAAACGGUGUGGAGGGGAACAAAGAAGAAGGUUUGGUACCUGAAACUACUUUUGGAAUUGACUAGAGUUCAGACUAAUGGUGUCCCUUUUCGGUGAUUUGCCUAAGGUUACACCGUUACUCUUCAUUUACUCUCUAGAGGCUAGAAGACCGAAUGGCAAUGUACAGGAGUGGAAUCUGUACCAAUCACUUCUCACCACUACAGUAUCUUUUAAUUUAAAGCACUAAGGUGAUGCAAUUAACUUCCUCUUUUUGGUGGUUUUAUUACUCUAGACAAUUUUAAAAGCAGACAAACCCAUUCAGUAUGUUCUUCCUCUAAUGUGAGCACCUGAGAUGCAGAGCUCUUUCAUGGGAGAUGUUGCCCCUUCUGUCAAGGUUUCCACUUAAAUGAGUUUGUCCAACAGAACUAUAAUGCGUUUAUCACCAGCAGGAUACCGUUAUAUUGCAUUAUGUUGUAAAUGAGGUGAUCUGCUUUGUGAAAGUGAUCUCAGGAUCCAUUAACAAUUUACAGAAUCUCUUCAACAAAAUCAGCAUGUUUCUGGUAGAAAGUCCCCUCAGAAUUUUGGGGAGGGUCAGUAAGAAGAAUUUUUGUGGAACUCCAAACUUAGUUUAUCUUCCAUUAAAAGUGGAGGGGAGAGUGAAGAGGGUCUUCAUGCAGGAGAGGUGGAACCCAGCUGCUUGUGCUGAGGUUUACGCAUAGUUGCCAGUAUUUAGAAGAGUGUUCAAGAAAUAGUACUCUGAUCAAAGCAGGGAUCUGGGAGUUGCUCGAACUCCUAGCAACUGGAGAGUUUGGUUUGUGUUUUAGUGCUUUACAAAUAUUAAUCAGUACACCCACCACUCAUGUGAAGUAAGUAGCUAAGUAAGUAUUAUUGUCUGAGUUUUACAGAUAGGGUACUAAGUUAGUGUUGGAGUUGGGGUUAUAGAAUGCAGUAGGUCCUUAUACUCUGGCGCUUUUUAGUCUACUACUAGACCAGACUUCCUCUUGUUUGUUGAGCUAUCCCUCCUUGAGACCAGUAGCUACAAUGUUUGCCUGGCAGAGGAGCUAGGUCAGCAGCUGUCCUUAGCACAAAUGGCAGCCUAGGCAGCACUGUCUCUAAAAGUCAUGAAUUAGUCAGCAGUCCCCCCAGAAUAAAUGCAUCUGUGACUAACUUCUCCCUCUCCCUUCUCUGGAAUAAGGGAAAAAAGUGGGAGGCCAGGUCUACACUACAAACUUUUUAGAUGGUGUAGUUAACGCCAGUCGGGCUUGAUUUGUGACUGACAGCUGUGCUAGGAGAAGCUCAAAGAGUAGCUGCACUUACCUACUGGUAAAACUGUGCUUUUGCACAGAUAGCUUAUGUCAUCUGAGUGGCUGUAGUGGAGGAGGGAGGUCCUAGACUAAGCUACAUGAGCAAAAACACAGUUUUGCUGGUAUAAGCUGGGUCCACAGUAGGAGUGCUUUGCCAGCACAAUACACCCUUGUAGCUAUAUAGCUAUGCCAGCAAGGCUUUAUAAGUGUAGGCCUGGCCUCAGUUCCUGAUCUGUAAGAUGGGGAUAGUAAUAUUUCUCUACCUCACAAGGAUGUUGUGAGGAUAAAUAUAUUCAAGAUUGUGAGGCGGUCAGAUCUAUGUCACUAGAGGGCCAUAUAAGUAUAUUAGGCCAGGUCUACACUAGAAGAGGUUUGCUGGUGUAACUAUAAUGGCACCCCCCCGCCACCACCUCCCAGCUGUAGAUGCAGCUUAUACUGGCAACAGUAUCGUUUAUACCAAUUCUCUGAGGAAAAUAAGCUACACCAGCGAGAGCACUUUUAUGCUGGUAUAACUACAUCUACAUUAGGGCUUUUGCUGGCAUCGAAGUGUUUUUUUGGGUUUUUUUUUUUGGCGGGGGCAGGAAUCGCACCCCUAACCAAUUGGUUUACUGUUGAAAGCGUUCUAGUGUAGAUGGGGUCUUAGAUAGGAAGGCACGGGACACAGGCUGCUGCUGUGGAUCGGAGCAAAGCCUUUGGGCGAAGGAGCCAGACACUGAGGUUAUUGCUAGGAAGGCCCCAGGGUAGGCCAGGGAAAAGGCCAAGUUUUUAGUGCUCCUGAGAGCCUGGCCUCUGUAACUCUGCCUCAUGUUCAUUUAGGGUUUACUACCUGCAGAAGCCAAAAUAUACACUCUUCUCAGGUGUGGUUAUACAAUUGUAUCCUGCUUGGGGCUGUUUGAGUGCAGAAGGAAGGGCUGAGAGUUUAUUAUUGCGCUGAUUCUGUGCUGCAAUCUAUACUAUGCAAAAGGGACCUAAAAAACUAGUUGGAAAAGUGCUGUCCACUAAUAAAUUAGUGGGAAAUAGUCAAAUACAGAUGUUCAUUGGAAAGGAAAACCUGGGAAGCAGCGAUGCUGAAAGAGCCUUAGGGGUGAGAAUGAGCAGUAAAUUAGACCAGAGUUUUGCAAUGUGAUAUCGGAGUGAAAAAGCCAAUGUAACUUUGGGCUACAACUAGCUGUGCUAUGUAUUAGGGAGGUAAUAAUUUCUAUGUGGGUCUGGUGCAACCAUACCUGAGAUAUUGUGUUCAGUUCUGGGUACCUUCUCAUCAGAAGAAUAUUGAAAGCUUUGAGUGAGCAAGAAAAAUAACCUGUGGGCUGGAAGAAAGUUUGAGAACUAAAUGUGUAUGGCUGAGCUAAACAUCAGUUAAACUGAGGAGGGGACAUACUCUCCAUCCAAAUAGUUGAAAGGUGAAAACACUAGGGAGGAAGAGAAAUUCAAGAAGUUGAUACAUGGAGGCCUGUGUCAGCAGUCUCUUGGUGUGGUCUUUCGAGGGGCCCCAGUUUCUCCUGGCUGACUCUCCUUUAGCUUGUCUUCAAUCAGAUCAGAACAUCACAUGCUCCGCUUUUAAAACGAGCAGUGAGAGAAGAUGGAUACUUUCUCAGACUUUACCGCAAAGAACCUCUCCUCUUCAGCCAAUAUGUCGCAUUCCCUGCCCAGCAAGUUGGACUACCAAUUCAAUGUUACCAGCCGUUCUCCUUCCAUGUCAAUAAGCAGGCUUUUCCCAGCACUGCUACAAUGCUUUGGCAUCAUCCUCUGUGGAUAUAUAGCUGGAAGAGCCAACAUCAUCACAUCAACUCAGGCCAAAGGACUGGGAAAUUUUGUCUCCUGUUUUGCGCUUCCAGCUUUGCUAUUCAAAAACAUGGUGGUACUUAAUUUUUCCAAUGUGAACUGGUCCUUCCUUUGCAGCAUCCUGGUUGCCAAAGCUUCUGUAUUUUUCUUAGUCUGCAUUUUAACAUUAUUGGUAGCCAGUCCUGAAAGUCGAUUUGGCAAAGCAGGACUGUUCCCUAUUUUUGCUACACAAAGCAAUGACUUUGCACUGGGAUAUCCUAUAGUUGAAGCUUUAUAUCAAACCACUUACCCAGAAUAUCUCCAGUACAUUUACUUAGUGGCUCCAAUAUCUCUUAUGAUGCUAAACCCUCUUGGGUUUAUCUUCUGUGAAAUCCAGAAAGGGCGAGAUAAUCGCAGUAUGUCGCACAACAAAAUGAAAAUAGUGGGACUCGGGCUUCUUCGAGUGUUGCAGAACCCAAUAGUAUUCAUGGUCUUCAUAGGAAUUGCCUCAAAUUUUAUUCUGGGACAGAAGAUACCAGUCUAUCUUGAAAACUUCCUUGAUGGACUAGCCAGUUCAUUUUCUGGCUCAGCACUCUUUUACCUUGGACUCAGCAUGGUGGGACAAAUAAAAAAACUGACGAAGAAUGCAUUUGUUGCACUGAUUCUUCUCAUCACAGCUAAACUACUGAUGAUGCCACUUUUCUGUAGAGAGAUGGUGGAAUUGUUGGACAAGAAUGACAGCUUAGUCAACCACACCAGUUUAUCAAACUAUGCAUUUCUCUAUGGAGUCUUUCCAGCAGCACCUGGCGUGGCUAUCUUUGCAAACCAGUUCAAUAUGGAAGUAGAGAUUAUUACCUCAGGAAUGGUGAUAAGCACAUUUGUGUCUGCUCCUAUCUUGUAUGUUUCUGCUUGGCUAUUGACCAUUCCAUCUAUGGAUCCAAACCCAUUGGCAUCUGCAAUCCAAAAUGUUAGCUUUGAUAUAAGUAUUGUCAGUCUCGUCUCCCUGAUCUGGUCUCUUACUGUUAUUCUUUUGAGUAAGAAAUAUAAACAGCUUCCUCAUAUGCUGACGACAAACUUACUCAUUGCUCAGGUUGUUGCCUGCAUUGGAAUGGUGAUGUGGAAUUUCAUUAUUAGAGAGAGAAACAUCACUCUGCAGAUUCUGGUGUUCAUCUUGUUAUACAGCUCGCUUUAUAGUACUUAUUUGUGGACAGGUUUCCUCUCUCUGACUUUACUGCUGUUAAAGAAAAGAGACGUAAUAAAGAUCCCUGUUGGCUUUAUCAUCGUAGCUGGAUGGGGCAUCCCAACACUUCUAGUGGGAAUCUUACUAAUAACUGGUGAACAUAACCCUGACAGCAUUGACUCAGCAUUUUUUUAUGGAAAAUAUCAGAUGGUUACCACAGCAGUGACCCUAUUCAUCAGCAUUCUGAUAUCAGGUAUCUCACUUCUGUGUAUGAACAGAAAUGAACAGGAGACUGACUAUGAGAUAUUGAACCCAUAUUCACAUAAUGGCCAGAGGGAGAACUCUGAAAGGGAAGGGAAUGAGGAGAAUCCGACGUCAAGGAGUGGCUCUCCACCUUUCGCAGAAUCCUCUGCAGAAAGAGGUUGCUGUUCAUGUCAAACAAUAAAUGGUGAGUUAUGCCGCUCUGGAGAGGGAGAGCCAGUGUCAAAUGCCACCUCUAAUGAUAGCUGUACUCCUCCCACCGAGACAGCAAAUCAGUGUGAGAGUCAUUGCAGUUCUGAAAACUGCAUAUUGGCACAGGAAGAACAACGUCUGCAGAGUGGAGACAAACAACUGGCUAGACACGUGUUGCUGUGUUUACUUCUCAUUGUGGGCCUGUUUGCUAAUCUGUCCAGCUGUUUGUGGUGGUUGUUCAACCAAGAACCUGGAAGGCUCUACGUGGAAUUGCAGUUCUUUUGUGCUGUAUUUAAUUUUGGUCAGGGCUUCAUAUCCUUUGGUAUAUUUGGUUUGGAUAAACAUUUAAUCAUUCUGCCAUUCAAAAGAAGGUUUGAAUUCCUCUGGGGUAGUAGAGAAGCAGCAGAACGUGCAGAGUCUUCUGUACCUGAGGAAAUCAGGAUGACAUGUCAACAAUUUGUUCAUUAUCACAGAGAUGCCUGUGUCAGAAGCAUUGUCAAAGACAGAAGGUGUGGUGCAAAGACCUCGACUGGCAUCUUCUUUGGCUGUGAGCUGGUGAACUGGCUUAUCCAAGUUGGCCUUGCUUCUGACCGUGGUGAAGCUCUGAUGUAUGGAGACAGACUGGCAAAAGGAGGAGUCAUCCAGCAUAUUACCAAUGAAUUUGAAUUUCAGGAUGAGUACUUGUACUACCGUUUUAUUCAUAAGAGAUCCACAGUGACUGAAAGCCACUGAACUGGGCAUGUAUUCAGAGGGUAGGCAACAAAGGGCAAGUUUGUCCUUCUCACCUGCCCUCACCACUGAAAUCUAAAGCAUUUUCUUUCUUAUGACACUUAUCGAAUUGGGUGUUCUCCCUUGUAAUGCUGAUGAAAUUUGGUGGUUCUUGUUCCACCAAAAGAAAAUGUGUAGCAAAUGGCCUGCUUUGAAUGCUCACUAAUGAAAAAAUCUCUGAAGUA